AUGUCAAACCAUCCGAAGAUCACAUGUGUAUCUUCGGCGCAUCAGAAUCUGGUGGAGAAGCUAAUGGAUCUUCAGCAGAGUUUCUGCCAUCUCCAGGCUGCGAGAAAGGAAGGACGCCUUAACGAUCAUGCACUCUUGGAAGCCCAAAUCUCUCAGAAUCUCCGUGAAUGGCAACACGAACUCAGCGCUCCUUCUCCGGAAUCCUCUCUUCUGGGUGGAAGUAUAAACCAAUUCUCAGAGGAAAUAGCUCGUCUCUUGAAACUAAACGACGAGGAAGAUGAUGCAACUAGUGCGUUAAAGGAACCAAAGCCUGACAACGGCUUCGCGCAAGGCUUGUGCUCUCCAGAAGCCUUGGAAUGGCCAGCUGAGACUUUUAGCCAGACUCCUUUCGACGAACAUUUCUUGAGUGGCUUCGAGGACGCUGUUAACAACGGCGAAGCACAUAGCCAGCAGCAACUCAACCAUUGUGGAUUUUCAGAGUUUGAUCCUACAGCUCCCGGAAACUUUGAUAUAACUUCUCAGCUGGAUUACCAUCUCUCAGAAAUGCGUCAGGAGUUCGACAACAACAGCCCUUCCGUGAAGCUUGACGUUUCCGAGGAGUUUGAAAACUACGCCGAGUUCACUACUCCAUCAAGCAUCCGUGUGCCUCCCUCUGCCUUUCUGGGACCAAAGUGCGCACUGUGGGAUUGCACAAGGCCUGCUCAGGGCUCUGACUGGUACCUGAACUACUGCAGUGACUACCAUGGGAAUCUAGCUCUCAGUGAAGGCUCCCCUGGCACAACACCUGUCUUGAGACCAGGAGGCAUUAGUCUCAAAGAUAAUCUACUGAUUGAUGCUCUUCGUGCAAAGACUCAUGAUAAGAAUGUUGGCAUCCCAGUUUGUGAAGGAGCUGUUAACACAAAAUGCCCUUGGAACGCAGCAGAGCUGUUUCAUCUUGAGCUUGUUGAAGGAGAAACGAUAAGGGAAUGGCUCUUCUUCGACAAACCGAGAAGAGCGUAUGAUAGCGGAACCCGAAAGCAAAGAUCACUUCCGGAUUACAGCGGAAGAGGGUGGCAUGAGUCAAGAAAGCAGCUGAUGAAAGAACAAGAAGGGCAGAAGAGAUCAUACUACAUGGAUCCACAACCUCCUGGUCCAUACGAGUGGCAUCUCUUUGAAUACCAGAUCAACGAGUCUGACGUGUGUGCCUUGUAUCGGCUUGAGCUCAAACUAACAAACGGAAAGAAGAGUCCAAAGGGAAAAGUUGGGAAAGACCCUCUCGCCGAUCUGCAGAAGAAGAUGGAGAAGAUGGGACAGUUGACACCUGAAGUGGCUUCAGCUGACAAACCUUCUCCUCCAACCAGAGGUCGUACAAAGGCAACCAAAGGAGUUAAGUCAGUAACAACAACCAAUCUAACUCAAGACGCAACGAUGCCUGCGACUAUAGCACCAAGUUAUGGCUCGAACGUUCAUACAAAUGAGCCAUCGUCACAUCAGUGA